AUGGGAGCAACGAGCAGCGGCCCCGGCCCGGCCCCGGCCCCGGUGCGGCCCCCCCAGGGCCGCGCCGUGGGGUCGUGGGUGCGGGCGCUGCUGAGCCGCGCUGGGUCGAUGCCGGUAUCGGUACCGGUGCCGGUACCGGGGCUCGCCCUGGCCCCGCGGGGCCCCGCCGAGGAGCCGCCUCUGCCCGGGUGGCCGCUGCCGCAGCUCGUCUCGUUGUUCCUGCCGGAGUUCCCCGUCCGCCCCUCCGCCCGCCAGGAGCAGCUCAAGAUCCUGGGCUUUGUGGCCAAAGGCUCCUUCGGGACCAUCCUCAAAGUGCUGGACUGUGGGAAGGAGAAGGUCUGCGCUGUGAAGGUCGUGCCCAAAGUGGAGGUGCUGCGCCGCGACACCCUCAAGCAGUGCAAGGAAGAAGUCAGCAUACAGAGACAGGUCAGGCACCCGUUUGUCCACGGGCUGGGGGACAGCUGGCAGGGCCAGCGCCACCUCUUCAUCAUGUGCACCUACUGCAGCACUGGGGACCUGCACGCGCUCUGGCGCGCCGCCGGCUGCUUCGCCGAGGCCACCGUCCGCCUGUUCGCCGCCGAACUGGUGCUGGUGCUGGUGUACCUCCACGACCUGGGCAUCAUGCACAGAGAUGUGAAGAUGGAGAACAUCCUCCUGGAUGAGAGAGGGCACCUCAAGCUCACAGACUUUGGCCUCUCCCGGUACCUGCAGUGGGGCGAGCGAGCCCACACAAUCUGUGGCACCCUGCAGUACAUGGCCCCGGAGGUGCUGAGCGGGGGGCCCUACAGCCAUGCGGCCGACUGGUGGUCCCUGGGAGUCCUGCUCUUCGCCCUGGCCAGCGGCGAGUUCCCUGUGGCGCCGGCGGGGGACCAUGUGGCCAUGCUGGAACGUGUCAAACAGAGCAGCUAUGAGAGCCCACCUGCGUUCAGCCCUGAGCUGGCCCGACUGCUUGCCGAGUUGCUGUGCCACAACCCCCUGUACCGCCUGCGCUACCUCCACCACUUCCAGGGCCACCCGUUCUUCCGUGGAGUGGCCUUCGACGCUGACCUGCUGCAGAAGGACCCGGUGGUGGUGGCAGUGGCCCCGCAACCCCGCGAGCAGUCCCCGCCCGACCCCGCCACCUUCGCCGACUUUGACUACGACCUCGCCGCCCCCCCGGACCGGCCCUGGCCUGGCUGAGCCACCAUGGCUGGGACCCUCGGCAUCGCUCAGGGACAUCCCCCCACCCCGGCAGCGGGUCGGACCCUGCUGGGCCGGGUCCCCCACGGGCUACCCGGGUACCCCCAACCUCACCCCCGGGUACCUCAACUCUGUACCUCUCCCCGCGGGAGCAAUAAACCCGAGAGCCGCGGGUACUGCU